UCAGUUUCUAAUCUUUAAUGCCGGUGUUUCUUCAUACAAGCGUUUGCAUGUGGCUUUUAUUUAAAGCACGUGUUUUUAGUAUAAAGCUAUACAGUUACAGUAAUUAGUAAAACUUAUAAAAAAAGGUAUCUAGUACUAUAAAUAAGAGGUUGCAGUCUACUUGUAAGUUCGAAAAACUAAAUAUUCAAUAUGACUGAAGAAAAAGAGGUACAAGCUGAAAAUAACGAGAGUCAAGAUAAAGAAAAUAAAAAUGAGGAUGAACAAAACAAAAAUGCAGAAGUUGACAGUACAGAAGAAAAAUCUGAAUUGGACAGUAGUAUAAUUCGUCAAAUCGAAUACUAUUUUGGUGACCUUAACCUACCAAGAGACAAAUUUCUCAGAGAGCAAGUCAAGCUUGAUGAUGGCUGGGUGCCACUGGAAGUGUUGACCAGAUUUAACAGACUUGCAAAACUGACGACUGAUAUCGGAGUUAUUGCAAAUGCUAUCAGCAAGUCUACAUCAGGUCUUCUAGAGAUAUCUGAUGACAAUCUAAAAGUCAGACGGAAUCCUGAAUUGCCGAUACCUGAGAUGAAUGAAGAAAGACGUAAGGAGUUAGUUUCUAGAACAAUCUAUGCUAAAGGAUUCGGCAAAGACGCCUCCCUCGAUGACAUACUAAAAUAUUUCAAGCAGUUUGAAGAAGUGGAAAACAUUAUUAUGAGGAAAUAUCAAGAUAGGAAGACAAAGACAUUCAUUUUUAAGGGUUCAGUAUUCGCUACCUUCAAGACAAAAGAUCAGGCAGAUAAAUUUAUGGAAACAAAGGAUUAUAAAUUUAAUGAUACCGACCUACUGGUUAUGUGGCAAGACGCAUACGUAGAGAAAAAGAGGGAGGAAUAUGCAAAAUUGUCAGCAAACAAAAAGAAUAAAAACAAAAAUGGAGAAUCCGAGCAAAAAGAGAAAAGUGAAUUCAAACUGCCCACUGGAACAGUGCUUCACUUCAGCCAGGGUCAUGACAAAAUGACCAGAGAGGAUGUCAAAGAAGUCCUCACUCCAUUAGGUGGGGAGGUGGCUUUUAUCAGUUUUAAGGUGGGAGAUACAGAGGGUUGGGUUCGUCUGGCUAAUGAAGGUGAUGCUAAGAAAGUAGCCGAGAAGAUUCCGGAUGGUAAAAUCAAGAUCGGCGAAUCUGAGGUCGUUUUCCGCGUAUUAGAAGGGGAAGAAGAGAAGAAUUACCUCGAUAAGACUAUAGAAGAAAUGUCAAAGAGACGACAGAAUAUGAAAAAACAGAAGAAAGGUGGCAAACCACAGUACAGGAAAAGGAAACAAGAUAAUCACGACGAUGCACCAAGAGCAAAAACAAGAGCAAGCUAAUUUUGACGUACAAAUGUAUUACGAUCAUAUAUAAUGUAAAGUAAGACUAGCAAAACGAAUUCCCCACGCCUAUUAUAACAUGCUGUAGUCAUGUUUGUUAAAUCUGUUAUAUACAUAGCUAUUUUGCUUCUGUUAUAUUAAUAACUUGGAUAUAUUCAACACAUUAAAGUUCUAUUUUGGCAU